CUGCGUCAAUAACCAUAAGUUUCUCUCUCCACUCACCAUCUCUGUAAAUUCAUUCACAAAUGUCUCUUCGUGGUUAUGAAUUAUGAUCAGUUUUUCAGUGACGGAGACCCCUGAAUCAGUAAUAAUGCGGAAAGAAGUUAAAUAAGGAUACAACCCAGAUAAAUUCUUCAAAUAAUUGUUGAAUUUUUGAGGUGGGUAUUGCUCCAUUUGCGAUAUUUUGGUUGUUGUCGUCUCUAUUGAUUACGUUUUCAUUUUGUCUUCUUUCUCGAUUUUUCUUGUUGGAUGUCAAUUGGGUUUUCUUGUUAGAUAUUUUUUUCGUAUAUUGAUUGGAGUGUUGUAUACUGAGGAUAAGGAUGUGGCGUAGGAUCGAUAGGAACUCUUGUUUGAAUUGAUGUUUGGUCGUUGUUGGGUGAUGUGGGAUUCUAGCAAUUUCUGAGUUUCAGUCAGACAGCGACGAAUGAGCUGUGUUUGUUUUUUUUCUUCAAAGAGAUUAAGGCGGUGUUUCUUUCGGCUAUGUGAUGUUGUACGAAGUAUAAAUGGAGGCGUUUCUCGGUUAUUAGUGUGCCCGAGAAAUUGAGUGAACAAAGGUAGUUAUUAUAGGGAGAGAUGAUUGAGAAGAAGCAGAAGAAGUUUCUUACUGUGGCACCAUUUGAGUGUGCCUGGCGCAAGGACCUGAGGUUUCGGGAAGCUGGGCGAGGCUGUGUGGCAUUCGAAGCUUUUGCUCACAAUGAUGUCACGUUGGUUUUUCGGGAGAGUGUGGGAAGUCAGCACUACCAUUAUAAAAGGGAUAACAGUCCACACUAUACGGUAAUUCUUGGUAGUCAUCGGAAUCGGAGAUUGAAAAUUGAGGUGGAUGGGAAGACUGUGGUUGAUGUGGCAGGGAUCGGGCUUUGUUGUUCUUCGGCAUUUCAGAGCUAUUGGAUCAGUAUCUAUGAUGGGUUGAUUAGUAUUGGCAAAGGAAGAUACCCUUUUCAGAAUCUUGUGUUUCAGUGGCUUGAUUCCAACCCCAAUUGUAGUGUUCAGUAUGUUGGCCUAAGUAGUUGGGAUAAACAUGUGGGUUAUAGAAAUGUCAAUGUAUUGCCAUUAACCCAUAACCAUAUAUCCCUGUGGCAGCACGUGGAUUAUGGUGAAUAUGAAGGAGGGGAGGAUGGUGAAGAGGAUUUGGAGGAUGAGUAUGUGAGCUAUGAAAAAUGGGGACUCGAAAAUUUUGUUGAGAGUUGGGAACUAUCUGAUAUGUUCUUCAUUGUUGGUUUGGAGGAAAGGGCUGUACCAGCUCACAAGGUUAUCUUGGGGGCAUCUGGUAAUUUUUCUUUCACUUCAGCAGAUAAAGAGGUUGUCCAGCUCCCAGGGGUAACCUACCCAGUUCUUCAUGCAUUCCUUCAAUAUAUCUAUACGGGCCAGACCCAGAUUCCAGAGUCACAACUUGUAUCCCUGAGGGCUCUGAGCUUACAAUUUGAAGUGGUGCCAUUGCUGAAUCAGUGUGAAGAGAUUAUUGAACGUUUUAAACUGAAUAAGAAAUUAUUUGACUCGGGUAAGAAUGUUGAGAUAUCAUAUCCAAAUGCUUGGCCCCAUUGCUGUACAUCUUUCCUAUCUGGACUCCCUGUGAGUAUGCUGAGGCUAAAAGAAUUGCAUUUUACUGGAAAGUACUGUGAUGUGGACAUCUACAUUGAGGGUCAUGGUCUUGUUGCACGGCCACAUAGAAUUAUCCUUGGUUUAUGGAGUGCUCCAUUUGCAAAGAUGUUCACAAAUGGAAUGAGUGAGAGCAUUUCCUCAAAGGUUUGCCUAAGGGAUGUGUCGCCACAAGCAUUCAAUGCUAUGCUUGAAUUCAUGUAUAGUGGCAAACUCGAUAUAGAUGAUACCAUGGACACGGGGACUUUGUUACUCCAGCUUCUUCUAUUGGCAGAUCAAUUUGGUGUUGCUCUCUUGCAUCAGGAAUGCUGCAAAACUCUUUUAGAAUGCCUAUCAGAGGACUCAGUAUGUCCAAUUCUCCAAGUGGUUUCAUCAGUUCUGUCAUGUAAACUUAUUGAAGAAACAUGCCUGAGGAAAUUUUCAACACACUUCGAUUAUUACACAACUGCAAGCAUUGACUUCAUCUUGUUAGAUCAGACAACUUUUAGCAGUAUUAUUCAGCAUCCAGAUCUGACUGUAACGUCUGAGGAAAGAGUUCUCAAUGCAAUCUUAUUGUGGUGUAUGCAAGCAAAGGAAUUGCAUGGGUGGGAGGUAGUGGAUGAACUCAUAACAUAUUCAACUCCUGAACUCCUUUUCAGAGAGAGGCUUCACUCAGUCAUUGAUUUGUUGCCAUUCAUACGGUUUCCAUUACUGCCAUAUCCCUUGCUCAAGAAGUUGGAGAAGAGCAGCCUUAGCAGACAGAUUCCGGUUUUUGAUGAUCUUGUAAAGGAGGCAAUCAAUUAUGUAGAAUUUGGAUUGGCAAGGCCAGAAAAUGACCAGUGUGCAAGAUUUCAACAUAGGCGAUCUAGCUUUAAGGAGCUCCAGUACAUAUGUGAUGGGGACAGCAAUGGAGUUCUGCACUUUGCAGGCACAUCAUAUGGGGAACAUCAGUGGGUAAAUCCCAUUCUAGCCAAGAGGAUAACUAUUACUGCAAGCAGUCCAACUUCGAGACAUACUGACCCAAAGGUUCUAGUCUCAAGGACUUAUCAGGGAACAUCUUUCACUGGGCCUCGAGUUGAAGAUGGGAAGAACUGUUCAUGGUGGACGGUUGACAUUGGCGAAGAUCACCAGCUUAUGUGCAACUAUUACACCUUGAGACAGGAUGGAUCGAGAGCCUAUAUUAGAUUUUGGAAUCUUCAGGGGUCGUUGGAUGGGAAAGCUUGGACAAACUUGAGAGUACAUGAGAAUGAUCAAACAAUGUGCAAGCCCGGUCAGUAUGCAUCAUGGCCUAUAAUGGCACCGAAUGCUCUACUUCCCUUCAGAUUCUUUAGGGUUAUUCUGACAGGUCCCACCUCUGAUGCUUCUAACCCAUGGAACUUCUGCAUUUGCUUCCUGGAACUGUACGGCUACUUCCACUGAUUUGGCUAAAUCAUAUUUUACAUUUCCCAGUUGUGCGCACUUGUGAUCUUCCUACAUUGUUCCAGUAAAGCUAAUGAAUCUACCCCUAAAUUCCUUUUUUCC